AUGCUGCUGAACAGGACAGUGACUUCGCAGGAAAGGAAUGUGAAUGUGAAAUACAGGGAGAAGGACAGGAGCAGGAGAACAGUGUGUGUGUGUGUGUGUGUGUGUGUGUGUGUGUGUGUGUGUGUGUGUGUGUGUGUGUGUGGGUGUGUGUGUGUGUGUGUGUGUGUGUGUGUGUGUGUGUGUGUGUGUGUGUGUGUGUGUGUGUGUGUGUGUGUGUGUGUGUGUGUGUGUGUGUGUGUGUGUGUGUGUGUGUGUGUGUGUGUGUGUGUGUGUGUGUGUGUGUGUGGCACAGUGGCCACUAUCAGUCAUCCAUUGUUAAGCUGCCAACGCACACAUACUGGAGGUACUCCAUCACAGUCUAGGCCUUUCGCCAUUUAUCUGACAGCAUAACCCCUGCCUCUGGGGCCUGACACCCUGCACUCAGGCUUAGACCCUGGGCCUAUACACUGAUCCUUAGGCCUAGGUUCCAGACUGGUUCCAGAUAAACAAAUUAUCUUUAAAUGUUACAAAAUCCAACUUCAUUGUAUCCACUAGUAAGAAUAAGAAAUAUUGUAAAAAAAAAAAGAAAUAAAAAAAAGAAAAAAAGGAUGGGAAUGAAAUGGAACAAGACACAUCCACUAGAUUCCUCAGAGUUCUAAUUGAUGAAAGGUUAUCCUGGAAAGAUCAUGUUCAAUUUGUCUGCAGCAAAGUGAUGAAAUCUGUUGGUAUCAUCAGAAAGAUUUGUGGUUUGGUUCAUCAGGCUUGCUCCUAACUCUUUACUAUAGCUUAAUUUACCCAUAUCUAAUUUACUGUAAUAUUGUGUGGGCCAUUACAUAUGCCUCCUACCUACAUAUGCCACCUCCUCUAAUUACCUGCCUCCAUCUGCACCUUUGUUUAAGAAACUCAAUAUCUUGUCUAUUUACGACAUCAAUGUACGCCAAUUAUGCAUUUUCAUCUACAAAUACUCAUACCUCCAGACAGUUUACCUAAACCCUUCAAUGGAUUCUUACAGGUUAUUUCUGAAAUCCAUCUAUAUAACACUGCGAUAACCUUCACCCUCCCCACUGCCACACCUCACAUAGUCAAUUCUCUAUCAGAUACAGAGGUACCAUAAUCUGGAAUUCUUAUCUUCACAUUGCCAAAACCUCAUCAUCCCUCAAUAACUUCAAGUGAAGACUGUGGAUCAGCUUGAUGAACCAAACUACACAGUAAUCUCCUCCAUAUAGCCCAACUCUCUCACACACACUCACAUGCACACACACAUUUAAACAAAACAUAUACUUUUUGGGGGAGGGCGGGGGGUGAUCCUGAUCAGUUCAUUUGUACAUUUAUGAUUAGUAGAUCUGUUUUAACAAACCUUUUUUAUUUUUGUACUUAUGUGUUGUAUAUAGUUUUUUUGUGGUGUGGUUUUCAUAUAAGCCCCUGGGCUUCCAACCUCACCUGUACACCGUUUUUUGAGUGUUUUCUUUCUUUAAAAAAAUCUGUAUGGUUGUUUAUCACUUAUUUUCUUUGGUGCAAAUAAAUUAAACCUAAACCUAGCAUGAUCCUCUGGCCUUGGCCCUGCUGAGAAUGUAUUAUUCUCCAACAGGGCAAAGGUCCAAGACAACAGAAACCAAUAACAAAAUCAGCUAAGACCCCCUAUAAACUGAUGUCAGCAUCAUAUAAACUAAUGCCAUCAUCAUAUAAACUAAUGUCAGCAUCUUAUAAACUAAUGUCAGCAUCUUAUAAACUAAUGUCAGCAUCUUAUAAACUAAUGUCAGCAUCAUAUAAACUAAUGUCAGCAUCUUAUAAACUAAUGUCAGCAUCAUAUAAACUAAUGUCAGCAUCUUAUAAACUAAUGUCAGCAUCUUAUAAACUAAUGUCAGCAUCAUAUAAACUAAUGUCAGCAUCUUAUAAACUAAUCUCAGCAUCAAAUAAACUAAUGUCAGCAUCUUAUAAACUAAUGCCAGCAUCUUAUAAACUAAUGUCAGCAUCAUAUAAACUAAUGUCAGCAUCUUAUAAACUAAUGUCAGCAAAAAGAGACUACACAAACCAGCCGGAUUGUAGAUUAUGUGUUUUGAAUUAUUUUCCCAUUAGCCGAGAGAUGCCUCUAUUCUGGGUCGUGUUCGGGAAGUGAUUUGUUUGCGAAGUCGCCACGGCGAUGGAAAUCAAUAACCUUUUAGCCAUUCAAAUUAAUGAGAGUGCAAAUGUAACCCCUCUCUCUCCUGUCUGUUUUACUGGGGCACGGAACACUGCAAUUAAGGAAUAGGUUGGAAAAACUGUGUGUUUGACAUGCAUGAUCGAUUGCGGGGCCAUUGCAGAGAGGUGUGCAUUUCAUACACAGACUGUAGAAGACCAAUAAUAACAUGUACACACAUUCUCAACACAAGCUUUCACAAUUAUUGCCAGCAUUUUAUCAUUAUUAAUAGUUAGCAUAAUCAGCAUCAUAAACACCACUGUCAUAUAGCCUACAGUAGCUUUGUUUGAUUAAUUGCAAUAUUGAGACUCUUGAAACAACUCUCGAAACAUUUGCAACGUAAUAAAUAACUCUUAGACAAUCUGAACGCAAUCAAGUGCUGAGACUCUCUGCACAGAUAUCCACUGCAUAUAGCUGUUCAUCCAUCCACCUCUCCAUCCAUCCGUCCGUCCGUCCGUCCGUCCGUCCGUCCGUCCGUCCGUCCGUCCGUCCGUCCGUCCGUCUGUCUAUCUGUCUAUCUGUCUAUCUAUCUAUCUAUCUAUCUAUCUAUCUAUCUAUCUAUCUAUCUAUCUAUCUAUCUAUCUAUCUAUCUAUCUAUCUAUCUAUCUAUCUAUCUAUCUAUCUAUCUAUCUAUCUAUCUAUCUAUCUAUCUAUCUAUCUAUCUAUCUAUCUAUCUAUCUAUCUAUCUAUCUCUUGCAGCUGAUAGGCUCGAUCAUCGGCCGGCAGGGCACUAAGAUCAAUGAGAUCAGGCAGAUGUCGGGGGCUCAGAUCAAGAUUGGCAGUCAGCUAGACGGGACCAGUGACCGCCAUGUCACCAUUACCGGCACACCAAUCAGCAUCAACCUGGCCCAGUACCUCAUCACCUCCUGGUAAGGCCAUUGGCCGAUGCGAUCCAGGCUAACCAAUCACUUCCGGGGGAGGGAGAGGGGAUUUUGUUUCCAUAACAGUUAAGGGCAAAGGUUAAAGGCCCAGUGCAGUCAAAAACAUGAUUUUUCUGUGUGUUACAGUGAGGGAAAAAAGUAUUUGAUCCCCUGCUGAUUUUGUACGUUUGCCCACUGACAAAGAAAUGAUCAGUCUAUAAUUUAAAUGGUAGGUUUAUUUAAACAGUGAGAGACAGAAUAACAACAAAAUAAUCCAGAAAAACACAUGUCAAAAAUGUUAUAAAUUGAUUUGCAUUUUAAUGAGGGAAAUAAGUAUUUGACCCCCUCUCAAUCAGAAAGAUUUCUGGCUCCCAGGUGUCUUUUAUACAGAUAACGAGCUGAGAUUAGGAGCACACUCUUAAAGGGAGUGCUCCUGAUCUCAGUUUGUUACCUGUAUAAAAGACACCUGUCCACAGAAGCAAUCAAUCAAUCAGAUUCCAAACUCUCCACCAUGGCCAAGACCAAAGAGCUCUCCAAGGAUGUCAGGGACAAGAUUGUAGACCUACACAAGGCUGGAAUGGGCUACAAGACCAUCGCCAAGCAGCUUGGUGAGAAGGUGAAAACAGUUGGUGCGAUUAUUCGCAAAUGGAAGAAACACAAAAGACCUGUCAAUCUCCCUCUGCCUCUGGCUCCAUGCAAGAUCUCACCUCGUGGAGUUGCAAUGAUCAUGAGAACGGUGAGGAAUCAGCCCAGAACUACACGGGAGGAUCUUGUCAAUGAUCUCAAGGCAGCUGGGACCAUAGUCACCAAGAAAACAAUUGGUAACACACUACGCCAUGAAGGACUGAAAUCCUGCAGCGCCCGCAAGGUCCCCCUGCUCAAGAAAGCACAUAUACAGGGCUGUCUGAAGUUUGCCAAUGAACAUCUGAAUGAUUCAGAGGAGAACUGGGUGAAAGUGUUGUGGUCAGAUGAGACCAAAAUGGAGCUUUUUGACAUCAACUCAACUCGCCGUAUUUGGAGGAGGAGGAAUGCUGCCUAUGACCCCAAGAACACCAUCCCCACCGUCAAACAUGGAGGUGGAAACAUUAUGCUUUGGGGGUGUUUUUCUGCUAAGGGGACAGGACAACUUCACCGCAUCAAAGGGUGGGGCCAGAUGGAUGGGGCCAUGUACUGUCAAAUCUUGGGUGAGAACCUCCUUCCCUCAGCCAGGGCAUUGAAAAUGGGUCGUGGAUGGGUAUUCCAGCAUGACAAUGACCCAAAACACACGGCCAAGGCAACAAAGGAGUGGCUCAAGAAGAAGCACAUUAAGGUCCUGGAGUGGCCUAGCCAGUCUCCAGACCUUAAUCCCAUAGAAAAUCUGUGGAGGGAGCUGAAGGUUAACCUUAAUGACUUGGAGAAGAUUUGGAGAAGAUCUGCAAAGAGGAGUGGAACAAAAUCCCUCCUGAAAUGUAUGCAAACCUGGUGGCCAACUACAAGAAACGCCUGACCUCUGUGAUUGCCAACAAGGGUUUUGCCAUCAAGUACUAAGUCAUGUUUUGCAGAGGGGUCAAAUACUUAUUUCCCUCAUUAAAAUGCUAAUCAAUUUAUAACAUUUUUUACAUGCGUUUUUCUGGAUUUUGUUGUUGUAAUUCUGUCUCUCACUGUUCAAAUAAACCUACCAUUAAAAUUAUAGACUGAUCAUGUUUUUGUCAGUGGGCAAACGUACAAAAUCAGCAGGGGAUCAAAUACUUUUUUUCCCUCACUGUACAUACAGUUGAAGUCGGAAGUUUACAUACACCUUAGCCAAAUACAUUUAAACUCAGUUUUUCACAAUUCCUGACAUUUAAUCCUAGUAAAAAAUAUCUGUCUUAGGUCAGUUAGGAUCACCACUUUAUUUUAAGAAUGUGAAAUGUCAGAAUAAUAGUAGAGAGAAUGAUUUCAGCUUUUAUUUAUUUCAUCACAUUCCCAGUGGGUCAGAAGUUUACAUACACUCAAUUAGUAUUUGGUAGUAUUGCCUUUAAAUUGUUUAACUUGCUUCCUACAAUAAGUUGGGUGAAUUUUGGCCCAUUCCUCCUGGCAGAGCUGGUGUAACUGAGUCAGGUUUGUAGGCCUCCUUGCUCGCACACGCUUUUUCAGUUCUGCCCACAAAUGUUCUAUAGAAUUGAGGUCAGGGCUUUGUGAUGGCUACUCCAAUACCUUGACUUUGUUGUCCUUAAUAAUUUUGCCACAACUUUGGAAGUAUGCUUGGAGUCAUUGUCCAUUUGGAAGACCCAUUUGCGACCAAGCUUUAACUUCCUGACUGAUAUCUUGAGAUGUUGCUUCAAUAUAUCCACAUAUAUAUAUUUUCCUCCCUCAUGAUGCCAUCUAUUUUGUGAAGUGCACAAGUCCCUCCUGCAGCAAAGCACGCCCACAGCAUGAUGUUGCCACCCCCGUGCUUCACGGUUGGGAUGGUGUUCUUCGGCUUGCAAGCCACCCCCUUUUUCCUCCAAACAUAACGAUGGUCAUUAUGGCCAAACAGUUAUAUUUUUGUUUCAUCAGACCAGAGGACAUUUCUACAAAAAGUACGAUCUUUGUCCCCAUGUGCAGUUGCAAACCGUAGUCUGGCUUUUUUAUGGCAGUUUUGGAGCAGUGGCUUCUUCCUUGCUGAGCGGCCUUCUAGGUUAUGUCGAUAUAGGACUUGUUUUACUGUGGCUAUAGAUACUUUUGUACCUGUUUCCUCCAGCAUCUUCACAAGGUCCUUUGCUGUUGUUCUGGGAUUGAUUUGCACUUUUCGCACCAAAGUACGUUCCUCUCUAGGAGACAGAACGCGUCUCCUUCCUGAGCGGUAUGACGGCUGCGUGGUCCCAUGGUGUUUAUACUUGUAUACUAUUGUUUGUACAGAUGAACGUGGUACCUUCAGGCGUUUGGGAAUUGCUCCCAAGGAUGAACCAGACUUGUGGAGGUCUACAUUUUUUUUUCUGAGGUCUUGGCUGAUUGCUUUUGAUUUUCUCAUGAUGUCAAGCAAAGAGGCACUGAGUUUGAAGGUAGGCCUUGAAAUACACCCACAGGUACACCUCCAAUUGACUCAAAUUAUGUCAAUUAACCUAUCAGAAGCUUCUAAAGCCAUGACAUCAUUUUCUGGAAUUUUCCAAGCUGUUUAAAGGCACAGUCAAUUUAGUGUAUGUAAACUUCUGACCCACUGGAAUUGCGAUACAGUGAAUUAUAAGUGAAAUAAUCUGUCCUAACCGACUUGCCAAAACUAUAGUUUGUUAACAAGAAAUUUGUGGAGUGGUUGAAAAACCAGUUUUAAUGACUCCAACCUAAGUGUAUGUAAACUUCCGACUUCAACUGUAUAUCUGCCACACUAUGAGGAUUAAUAGUGUGAAAGUGAUGAUAAUGCCCUGUUAGUGUAAGAGCUGUUUGUAAAACCGACAGAAAUGUCUACCUGUUUUGAUGGGAUAGAGUUUUGGCCUGCCUUGUGACAUCACCAAGAGCUCCGAACCUCUGCCAAUAACAGCUAGUUUUCAGUUUUCCCCUCCCCACUCAGACCACUCUCAGACAGUCCUAGCUAAAUUAUUGCUUGAGAAAUUGCUCUUUGCUAAGAAGCUACACUGAACAAAAAUAUAAACGCAACAUGUAAAGUGUUGGUCCCAUGUUUCAUGAGCUGAAAUGUUCCAUAUGCACAAAAGGCUUAUUUCUCAAAUUAUGUGCACCAAUUUGUUUACAUCCCUGUUAGGGAGCAUUUCUCCUUUUCUAAGAUAAUCCAUCCACCUGACACGUGUGGCAUAUCAAAAAGCUGAUUAAACAGCAUGAUCAUUACACAGGUGCACCUUGUGCUGGCGACAAUAAAAGGCCACUCUAAAAUUAGCAGUUUUGUCACGCAACACAAUUCCACAGAUCAGUCUCAUGUUUUGAGGGAGCAUGCAAUUAGCAUGCUGACUGCAGGAAUGUCUACCAGAGCUGUUGCCAGAGAAUUUAAUGUUCAUUUCUCUACCAUAAUCCACCUCCAAAAUUGUUUUAGAGAAUUUGGCAGUACGUCCAACCGGCCUCACAACCGCAGACACGUGUGGGCGAGCGGUUUGCUCAUGUCAGCGUUGUGAACAGAGUGCCCCAUGGUGGCGGUGGCGUUAUGUUACGGGCAGGCAUAAGCUAUGGACAAUGAACGCAAUUGCAUUUUAUUGGAUUUUGAAUGCACAGAGAUAUCGUUCCGUUUAUCCGCCGCCAUCACCUCAUGUUUCAGCAUGAUAAUGCACGGCCCCAUGUCACAAGGGUCUGUACACAAUUCCUGGAAAUGUCCCAGUUCUUCCAUGGCCUACAUACUCACCAGACAUUUCACCCAUGGAGCAUGUUUGGGAUGCUCUGGGUCGACGUAUACGACAGUGUGUUCCAGUUCCCGCCAAUAUCCAGCAACUUCGCACAGCCAUUGAAGAGGAAGAUCCAUAACUAUAUUCCCAGUCAUGUAAAAUCCAUAGAUUAGGGCCUAAUUCAUUUAUUUCAAUUGACUGAUUUCCUUAUAUGAACUGUAACUCAGUAAAAUCUUUGAAAUUGUUGCAUGUUGCAUUUAUAUUUUUGUUCAGUAUAUUUUUGUCUAUUUUAUGACCAUCUUAAUUGAAAAAAAAAUAACAGUAAGGUACUUCAUUGUUACCCAGAAAUUAUUUGAUAUUUAGAUCAAAAUGGCUGCAUUGGACCUUUAAUAACAUGGGGAUGGGCGGUAAUGACGUCAUUGUGCUCUUGUUCUGGUAAUAAUCCCUUAGAGAAUUCAUACAUCUGUAUUGUAUUGCAAUGUUUUGCAUUGUACUGUAUUCUAUUGUAUUGUAUUGAAAGCCACUCGUCCUCUCCUCUUCUCUCUCCAUAGUUUAGAGACAGCUAAAUCAACGGCCCAGGCAGCGUCCAUGGCCGCCCCCAACAUGGCUGACCUCAACAUGGCCUUCACCCAGCCUGUCUCCCCGGCCUCCUCCCCCCACUCCGCCUCCACCCUGGCAGCCAUGAGUGCCCUCUCCCCAACCCCCGUCAUGGGCCACCCCUACGGCGUUCUGCCCUUUUCCGGCCUGCUAGGGGUCAAGUCUGUCCCCUUCCUGACACUCUCUAGCCCCGCCCCCCAGGUCGCUGUCACCACAGCCCCCUCCCACGCCACCCUGGCGGCCUACACUACCAAAAUCUCCUCGGCCAACUGCAUCAAGAAACCCGACAGACAGAAGUUUGCACCCUACUGA